AUGGCAGCGGCUGCCGGGCCCCUGUUGGGCAGCCGGGCGGCGGCGGCGGCGGCAGUAGUAAGAGGUCUGCUGGGCGUCUGCCUUCGGAGAGCCCCGGCUCCGGCUCCUGCCGCCGGGACCCUCAGCUGCCGUGCCAAGGGCUUCUGCACAGCGGCCGGAGCUGCCCCGGACAUGAAGAGUUACCUGUGGGAGCGCUACAGGGAGGCCAAGAGAAGCACCGAGGACCUGGUCCCUUCAAUUAUGAGCAACUUGUUGAAUCCAGAUGCAAUUUUCUCCAACAAUGAAAUGAGCCUGUCAGAUAUUGAAAUCUACGGCUUUGAUUAUGACUAUACACUUGUCUUUUAUUCUAAGCACCUCCACACCCUCAUCUUUAAUGCAGCUCGGGACCUUCUCAUCAAUGAGCAUCGGUAUCCUGCAGAAAUUAGGAACUAUGAAUAUGACCCAAGUUUUGCCAUUCGUGGACUCCACUAUGACGUACACCGGGCUAUAUUGAUGAAGAUUGAUGCUUUUCAUUAUAUCCAGCUGGGAACUGUGUACAGAGGACUCAGUGUUGUCCCUGAUGAAGAGGUCAUUGAGAUGUAUGAAGGCUCCCAUGUCCCCCUGGAACAAAUGAGUGACUUCUAUGGAAAGAGCUCUCAUGGAAACACCAUGAAGCAGUUCAUGGACAUCUUCUCCUUACCAGAGAUGACCCUCCUUUCUUGUGUGAAUGAGUAUUUUCUGAAGAACAACCUUGACUAUGAACCUGUGCAUCUCUACAAGGAUGUCAAGGAUUCGAUCAGAGAUGUCCACAUCAAAGGGAUCAUGUACAGAGCAAUUGAAGCAGAUAUUGAGAAGUAUAUUUGCUAUGCUGAGCAGACCCGAGCAGUGCUGGCCAAGUUAGCUGAUCAUGGCAAGAAGAUGUUCCUUAUCACCAAUAGCCCCAGCAGCUUUGUGGACAAAGGAAUGCGAUACAUCGUUGGGAAGGACUGGCGGGAUAUGUUUGAUGUUGUUAUUGUUCAGGCUGAGAAACCAAACUUCUUCAAUGACCGGCGAAGAUCUUGUGUCUUUGAGAACCCAGGACUGCUUCCAUGCCAUAAUAAGGCAUCCAUGGAGGACGCCAGUGGCAGAAGUAAAACACACAUCGACACCAAUGACACCACUAACUGUUUUCCCUUACUUUCUGUUCUCAUUCUUCAGAUUCACAGAGAUGAUGAGUCUCAGGUGAUUUUGCAAGAAUGGAAAAAGGAAAGAAAGGAGAUGAGAGAAAUGACCAAAAAUUUCUUCAACUCCCAGUUUGGAAGCCUGUUUCGCACUGACCAGAACCCCACCUACUUCCUGAGGCGCUUGUCUCGAUUUGCUGACAUCUACAUGGCGUCUCUGAGCUGUCUCCUGAGCUACGACCUCAGCCACACGUUCUAUCCCCGGAGGACUCCUCUGCAGCACGAACUCCCAGCCUGGUCUGAUCGGCCCCCAGCAGGGAACUUCCAUAUCCCUGUGACCCACGGGGUCGCCCAGGCCAAGUAACCCAACAGACCACUGGCGGACAUUGAGGCAUUAAUACCAACAAGAAGGGUAUAAACUUUGCUUUUUAAGCAAGCAUCAAUGUUGUAUUUUGCUAUUUAUAUGAUUUUACCUGGUGAAUAAAUUUCCUUGUGUUGUUGAUAGGACAGGAAUUCAGAAUGAACUGGUCUGACCCUCUUCGGAUCUUUGUCCCCUGUUAAUGAUAAUGGGAAUUACGGACACCCAGGGGGAGGGAAAAUAGAUCCUGUAAGUUUCUGUUGGCUGAAAGCGAACUUCAUAUUGAAAGCCCAUUUUUUCAGCCUUUCAGUUUAUAAAGGUCUUGGAGUGAACACGAAAUUUUCUGUGAUGGUUGGCACUGAUUCUGAAAUGUUGUCCUUGGUCAAGUUUUGACAGUCUUGAAACUACUGUGUUUCUUGAUCAUUUAUUCAUUCAACAACUCUCUUUUGGGUUCCUGAGAUGUAUAAGAUAUUAUGGCAAAUAAAGAGAUGCCUACCUCUUUG